GUAUUAAUAAUGAUUUUUUAUGCUUCACAUAGCUUUCGAAUAUAAUUUUGUUUAUGCUAUUAUAGUUUGUGUAAAUUAUAUAUUUUCACUCUCCUAAGCACAUUAACCCAUAUUUAACCCCCACACCUCGUGUCUCUCUCCGCUGAUAUCUGCAAAAUAAUAAUCAAAAGAGACAAUGGGGAAUCUGUUCUGCUGUGUACAAGUUGACCAAUCCACAGUAGCUAUUAAGGAGAGAUUUGGCAAGUUUGAUGAUGUGCUUGAGCCUGGAUGUCAUUUCUUGCCAUGGUGUAUUGGGAGCCAGGUAGCUGGUUACCUAACUUUAAGGCUGCAGCAGCUUGAUGUACGCUGUGAAACCAAGUCAAAGGACAAUGUAUUUUUAACUGUUGUUGCUUCUAUACAAUACCGUGCUCUGGCUGAUAAAGCUACUGAUGCUUUUUACAAGCUUAGUAAUACUCGAUCCCAGAUCCAAGCCUAUGUGUUCGAUGUAAUCAGGGCGAGUGUUCCAAAGCUAAAUCUGGAUGAUGUGUUUGAGCAGAAGAAUCAAAUUGCUAAAGCAGUGGAGGAUGAACUUGAAAAGGCAAUGUCUGCUUACGGGUAUGAGAUUGUUCAGACACUUAUAGUUGAUAUAGAGCCAGAUGAACAUGUUAAGCGAGCUAUGAAUGAAAUCAAUGCAGCUGCAAGGUUGAGAGUAGCCGCCAAUGAGAAAGCAGAAGCUGACAAAAUUGUCCAGAUAAAACGAGCUGAAGGUGAUGCUGAGGCAAAGUACCUGGCAGGACUAGGGGUUGCUAGACAACGCCAGGCCAUUGUUGAUGGUUUAAGGGACAGUGUUCUUGGAUUUUCGGUAAAUGUACCUGGAACUACUGCCAAGGACGUCGUGGACAUGGUCCUCAUUACUCAGUAUUUUGACACCAUGAAGGAAAUUGGUGCCAGCUCCAAAUCCUCAGCAGUCUUUAUCCCACAUGGACCUGGUGCUGUGAGUGACAUUGCAGGGCAGAUUCGACAAGGAUUACUCCAGGGUUCAGCUGUCGAGCAACAAAAUCUUUUAUAAAUUUGUUUCACAGUCUGUCGUGUGAUUCUGUUUUGUAAGUAAUAUUUCUUGAUUUGAUUAUGAUGGCCACUAUUGUUCUCUACAUAUAUGUUAGUUGCUAAUGUGAUCACAUGCAACUAUAUAAGUCGAAGGUUUGUCGUCUUAUAGUCGGUUCUAUGUAUUGUUUCAUUGACAUAUUACUACAUGCCAUAAAAAGUGAUUUUUCACUCUAGUGAGCAUCUUGUGUAAGCUACAAACUUGCGCCUCCUUUGGCUAUAAUACAUAUGCAAGCUCCUAAUACCACUCA